UUUCAACUAUAUUUAUAUACAUACAUGUGUAACAUGUAAAUAUGACCAUACACACAGAAAACAGGAAACACCAACAAUGACCAUAUCAACGUGUGAUAACAUUAUGGUGGUGUUAUCUUGUUUCAUCAUCAUUAAUCAUGUAUUCAUUGCAUUUUCAUCACCUGUUGGUUCGUUAAUCGAUCUUCCAGCUCAUGAUCACCAUUUUCAGACACGGAAAUUGCACGAAUUUAAAUCAAAAUUCUUCCCACAAGAACAAGUUUCGCUUUCUUCGUCUUCGUCUCCAUCACCGUCUCCAUCUUCUCCUGCCAGAAGCAGUUCUGGAGUGUAUUCUGUGAUAGAGUAUGGGGCGGAUCCGACGGGGAAAACCGACAGCACAGAUGCAAUCCUUGCGGCGAUAUCGGAUGCGGUUUCGGUCGCCGGAGAUGGGUUUUUGAUGGAAGGGAUCACCAAUCUCGGCGGAGUACGGAUAAGUUUGGAAGGUGGGAUUUACAAGAUCAGCCGGCCAAUAAAACUGCCGGUCGCCGGCCGAGGGAACAUCUUGAUUUUCGGAGGAACACUAAAAGCAUAUGAUAACUUUACAACCGAUGGCUAUUUGAUAGACCUAUCCCCCUCAUCAUCUUCUACAAAUCAUGACUAUAAUUACGAGUUCGUAACGCUUAGAGACCUAAUGUUGGAUUGCAACUUCAAGGGAGGCGGUAUUCGAAUAGUUGACGCGCUUAGAACAAGCAUCGACAAUUGUUACAUCGCGCAUUUCACCACCACGGGCAUCUUAGUACAACGAGGUCACGAGACAUAUAUUCGCAACUCGUUCCUAGGCCAACAUAUCACCGCGGGCGGUGACCCUAACGAGCGUAACUUCACCGGUACAGCUAUAGACCUACAAGGAAACGACAAUGCCAUCACCGACGUCGUCAUUUUCUCGGCCCAAGUCGGGAUCAUGGUUUCGGGUCAGGCUAACAUGAUCACGGGCGUACAUUGCUACAAUAAGGCGAACGGGUUUGGUGGGACCGGGAUAUAUAUCAAGGUACCCGGGAUAACCCAAACCCGAAUUGUUAAUUCGUACUUCGAUUACACGGGGAUAGUGGCUGAAGACCCGGUACAACUUCAUGUUUCGGGUUGUUUCUUUCUUGGAGACGCGUUUAUUGUUCUGAAGUCGGUUCGUGGAGUCGUGGAUGGAAUAAACAUCGUGAAUAACAUGUUUUAUGGUUCGAACAAAGGUGUUGAUAUCGUUCAGCUGGAUCAAACCCGCAAAGAGUUCAAUGAGAUUGGUCGAGUCAUGGUCGAUAAUAACGUUGUGAACGGGAUGAACAUGAAGGCGACCGUUGCUAACGGUGUGACACGUGUCAACGGUACCUCGUGGACGAUCGAUUUUAACAAGAUACUUCUUUUUCCUAGACGAAUAAAGUUUGUUCAACAUUCAUUGAUGAGUAACACAAGUGAUAUGUUUCCCAAAACUAUUUUGAGGAAUAUAUCAAAUAAUCAAGUGUUUAUUGAGUCAGAUGUGACAGUUGAAGGAAGUGCAGCGGUUACAGUUGAUCAAGGCCUAACGAUGUCGAGUUAAUCAUUAUAUGUUUGUUUGUUACUUAUUAUUUAUAUUUAUUCUAAACUUCCAAAACAAAUGGAUGAUCAUGGCUAAAUAUUAUCAGAAAUUUAUACUUAUUUAAUAGAAAGUUCUAUAUUUAUUACUCACAA